UGUCGCUAGCUGCCUCCUGAGAUCAACAUGGUGUCCGGUGAGGAACUGGAGUGUGUCAUCUGCUGCCACGAGUACUCCCGCACCAGGAGGGUCCCCAGAGUCCUUCACUGCAACCACACCUUCUGCGCCCCUUGCCUGGAGAAAAUGAGCAUUCACAAGGGGCCCCUCUACACCGUCUCGUGCCCUCUGUGCCGCUGGGUCACCUGCGUCCAGGCCCACCUGCCCGUGUCGGGGGCUCUGUGGAUCGACACGGAGAUAUGGGACCAGAUCAUUAAACACGAACACAGGAGUACGAACGGCAAGCAGCACCAGCAGCAGCAGCAGCAGCAGCAGCAGCAGCAGAAGGCGAACGAUUUGGAAACAAAACCGGCCCGGCUCAUCCAGUCACCGCUACCUUGCUCCAGGCGGCAUGGUUUCAUGUCUGGACUCAGGGAACUGUUCAGCUGCGUGCCGCUGCAUCAACAUGUGGAGAGCUGCUGACGCUCUGAGAGAAAAAGCGCCGGCAGGACCGCGUUUAAGGAACCAGGAUCCGGAGCGCCGCGUUUAAAGAACCAGGAUCCGGAGCGCGUUAUGUGAAGUUUGGACUUUGGCGAGUGUCGUUGGAAGGACUGGCCUUGCAUUUGAGCACAUUUUUUGUUUUGUUUUACAUGAGUCAAUCAUGAGUGUAGAUUAAGUUGUACAGAAUUUUUUUUUGUUCAUAUGAAACAAAACCAAAGGAAGACCUCGUGUGUUAUAUAUAAGGAUCAUGUAAAAAAUAGUUAGAUGAUCCGUAUAAUUAAUAAUUUAUUAUCCUGUAAUUAAUAAUGUUGUAUUACAUGAUUCUGUUUGAUUUGAUCAAUCUCACAUUUAUAAGAAACACACACACACAACAACAACAGUAUCAGGUAUCCUGAGAUUUAUUUUUACGCAUGAAUAUGCCCUUUUUUUUUUUAAAUAUGUCUAUGCAUUUUUUUUUCCAAAUGCACGUGGAACUGUGAAUUAAGUGUCUGCAACAUGACGGACAGUGUUGUAAUAUUAAGGCAUUUGAAGUAUUUACAUAAAAAUAUUUUUCAAAAGA